AUGCCGCCUCCAAGGGGCGCUGCGGCGUAUAAGAAAAAGGACGGCACCCUCACGCUCAGUGACGACCAGUCUUCCGUGAUAUGGAUUCCUCAAACCACUCCAGGCGGACCGCCCACCGUGUCCUUGGCGAUAGCCGACAUUACCAGUAUGCCCUCCGUGGAUCCAGCCCGUCACCGGCCCCCAAAAGCUGACUGUAGCCCAGACUUCCAGCAGACCCCCGUCACUGCCCCCAAGGUCAUAUUGAAGAUCGCCGCGAAGACGGCCCCAGACGCAGAGCCGACUGCGUACAUGUUUCACUUCAACUCGCCCGGUGACCCCAGGGCCGAGGCAGACGCCAUCAAGGAUCUUCUAUCACGGCUUCUUGCCGAGUAUCGAAGCAAUGAUCCCAGCAUACCACGUCCUGCCGCCGGCGGAGUCAAUGGCAAGAACAAAGGCGACGCUGGUGGACGUGGUAGCGCAUCGGGUUCCAUGGCCUUUGCCAGUGCAGUGAACGCCAAGGGUGACAAGCCAACUCUGGGUCAGAUUUUCGAUGACCACGAGCUGAUCCACGGCCAGCACGCGCCUGAGAUACAGAAACAUCUGUUGGCAGCCGAUCGCAACCUGUUUCGCAUACACAUGGAGGCGCUGUCGACAAAACCAGAGUCCAUGUCGGUCACGACCUUCAACGCUCAGUUCUGGACAACUCGUAUCGACCAGCUGCGCGCCUAUGCCAUAGAGAAGUACCAGGUGACGGGGCCUUUCAACAUCCUUUCAGUCGUCAAGCCCGUCACCGAGGCGAAUCAUGAUCCGAAUCAACCGGACCAGCAGAGAAUGAGUAUGACGAGGGACCAGAUCUCCAUGAUCAUGCAGCAGCACCCCCUACUCAACAGGAUAUACGUUGAGAACGUGCCUCCCCUGACCGAGAGCGAGUUCUGGGAACGCUUCUUCCUCAGCAAGCUUGUGAAAAAGCUCAAGGGAGAACGACUCGCUGGCAAUGAGGUGGCGGACAAAAUCUUCGACAAGUACGACGAGUACGAGAACAUCACUGCAUACUCGAGCAAGAACCUGGCCAAGUAUGUGCCUCAUAUCAUUGAUCUGGAGGGCAACGAGGAGAACCAGGGAGGCUACAAGAGUGGCAACACCAAGGAUAUUGAGAUGCGGCCCAGGGGCUGGACUCAAGUGCCCAUCAUCCAAACCCUGAACAGCCUCAGUGGCAAGCUUCUUUCUGGUGUGGUGCCUGCCGAUAAUGACCUUGUCGAUCCGAACACGCCGGAAGAUAAUGUCUACAAUCAGCUAGCAAUACGCGAUCUGCAGGGAACUGUAGAAGAGCAGAGGGUGAUUCUCAACAUCAGGGAACAGAGCAGAUUCUUCUCGGCUCAAAAGGAUUCCGACACAGCAGCAACCGAGAUCUACGCCAAGCAGGACCCCAGAAAGGUACUCCGUGGUGUUCAGGGUGACCUCGCUCAGCUGUCCAGUCAUGGCACUGCGGGCAUCGAUCUGCAUGCCGCCAUUGGUAUCGAUGAUGACAGCGACAGCGACGAAGAAUCGAAGAAGCGCGAUCAUGUUGGAUCUCGGGCGUCGAGGAGGCAGGCCCAGCAGCAGGUCCUCGAUAGCAUGCGACAGAGACGUGCUCAGCUGUAUGAGCACGUUUCAGACAGCACGACACCGAUGGGGCUCCCUGCAGGUGUCGCAGAACGGUGUAACCUGGCUCAUGCUACUACCAUAGAGUUUGUCAACCAGUUCUGGUCUGCAUUCCUCUCGGGUGACCCUGACAGGGCUGCUGAGCUGGGUUUCUUGGCUGAGGCGCUACGGAAAUCGAAGGAGCGAAUUCGUGCGGUCGCUCUCGAGGCCGAAAAGGUACGGCAAGAGAUUAUCGAGAGAAGGACGGCUGAGAUUGUCAAGAUCUACGAGCGCACGAAGAAAAAGACCAAGUUUAACCCCAAUUCUGUCGGCGGCGGGAAACGUGCGGUCGAGAUAUUGAUGCAGCCCGUUGUACAUUCUCUCGACAAGGCUCUUGCAGAUUACCAGAGGGCAUUGGCUGCCGAAGGGAUACAAGCUAGCACAGAGACGUAG